UUUCAGAUCAGCGUUCGUGUGACCACCAUGGAUGCCGAGUUGGAGUUCGCCAUCCAACCCAACACCACCGGGAAGCAACUCUUCGACCAGGUUGUGAAGACCAUUGGCCUGAGAGAAGUGUGGUUCUUUGGCCUGCAGUACCAAGAUACCAAGGGCUUCUCCACGUGGCUCAAACUCAAUAAAAAGGUGACGGCCCAGGACGUGCGCAAGGAGAGCCCCCUGCUCUUCAAGUUCCGGGCCAAGUUCUACCCCGAGGACGUGUCUGAGGAGCUGAUUCAGGACAUCACCCAGCGCCUCUUCUUCCUGCAAGUGAAGGAGGGGAUCCUCAACGAUGACAUCUACUGUCCUCCGGAGACGGCCGUAUUGCUGGCCUCCUAUGCGGUCCAGUCCAAGUAUGGCGACUUCAACAAGGAGGUGCACAAGGCUGGCUACCUGGCCGGGGACAAGCUGCUGCCCCAGAGAGUCUUGGAGCAGCACAAAUUGAACAAGGACCAGUGGGAGGAAAGGAUCCAGGUGUGGCACGAGGAGCAUCGGGGCAUGCUGAGGGAAGAUGCCGUCCUGGAAUACCUGAAGAUAGCUCAGGACCUGGAGAUGUAUGGGGUCAAUUACUUCAACAUCAAGAACAAGAAGGGUUCCGAGCUGUGGCUGGGCGUGGAUGCCCUGGGCCUCAACAUCUAUGAGCAAAAUGACAGGCUGACCCCCAAGAUUGGCUUCCCUUGGAGCGAAAUCAGGAACAUUUCCUUCAACGAUAAAAAAUUUGUCAUCAAACCAAUUGACAAGAAAGCUCCGGACUUUGUCUUCUAUGCUCCUCGUCUCCGCAUUAACAAACGCAUCCUGGCGCUGUGCAUGGGGAACCACGAGCUGUACAUGAGGCGCCGCAAACCAGACACCAUUGAGGUGCAGCAGAUGAAGGCCCAGGCCCGAGAGGAGAAGCACCAGAAGCAGAUGGAGAGGGCUCUCCUGGAGAAUGAGAAGAAGAAGCGAGAGCUGGCUGAGAAGGAAAAGGAGAAGAUCGAGAGGGAGAAGGAAGAGCUGAUGGAAAAACUGAGGCAGAUUGAGGAGCAGACCAAGAAAGCUCAGCUAGAACUGGAAGAGCAGACUCGGAAGGCGCUGGAGCUGGAAGAGGAGAGGAAGCGGGCCCAGGAUGAGGCUGAAAAGCUGGCCAAGGAGCGGCGGGAGGCCGAGGAAGCCAAAGAGGCCCUCCUUCGGGCCUCUCGGGACCAAAAGAAGACCCAGGAGCAGCUGGCCUCCGAGAUGGCCGAACUAACGGCCCGCAUCAGCCAGCUGGAGAUGGCCCGGCAGAAGAAGGAGAGCGAGGCUGUGGAAUGGCAACAGAAGGCCCAAAUGGUCCAGGAGGAUCUGGAGAAGACCCGGGCUGAGCUGAAGAAUGCCAUGAGCACCCCCCAUGAAAACGAGCAGGAUGACGAGCAAGACGAGAACGCGGCCGAAGCCAGCGCCGAGCUGCGGGCCGAGGCCUCCACCAAGGACCGCAGUGAGGAAGACCGUACCACUGAGGCGGAGAAGAACGAGCGGGUCCAGAAACACCUGAAGGCCCUUACCUCGGAGCUGGCCAACGCCCGAGAUGAGACCAAGAAGACAGCCAACGACAUGAUUCACGCAGAGAACAUGCGUCUGGGGCGUGACAAGUACAAGACCCUGCGUCAGAUCCGCCAGGGCAACACCAAGCAGCGAAUUGAUGAAUUUGAGUCUAUGUAAUCCUCUGGUCCCUGUACCCCCCUCCCAGCCAUCUCUGACCUCUUACAUCCCUGCCCUCACCCUUUCUGAACUCCCAUCAUACCAGAGCCAUCAACAAAUGGCACUGACUUGCUUGAACCGACCACCCAGGCCCUCUAGGGACCCCAGAGCACCUUCCUCUUUCAAAAAGAAAAGGGAAGAGAAAUUUGAACCCUUCCUUCCCUCUCCCUUGCCCUCAACUGCCAGAUUGACCCCCUUCCAGCUUAGGCCAGGACUUGACUUGCCCUUCAACAGAGGCUUCUUUCCUAUCCUCGUCCCCCAUGGUUCACUGCUGAAUAUGGCCCCUUCUCCUUCCUCCCAGAGAGCCCCAGCCACAAGGCACAGUGUCUAGGCACACGUGGGUCUUCUCCAGGUUCCUGUGGCUCAGUGCCAUUCUCUUCAGAGUAGAAAGAUGACCCAUCUUAAAUGUCUGACUCCAAAGACCAUAGAGAGACAUUCUCUAAGCCCGCCCUACCCUGAACCUUUCAGGCCGCUAGGAGAGGAGAAAAGCACCGGGGGGGGGGGGGAGGACAGAAAAAUCGACCCACUCCUGAUUCUCUUCACAGACCCCAGCCCACUUCGUUGGGUUUGGUGACUCGGCACCCUGGGAGAGUGGGAGGGAGGGAGUUUCAAGCAAGACACCAAAAAAUAUUUUAAGUCUUGGCUGCCCAGUGCCCCCAAGCAAAACAGUGCCUUAUGGGAGCUGUUUGGGUGCCUUAUGGGGGCUGUUGAGGAAGCCUUCCGCUUGGCCACCUGUGCCUUGGGGGCUGUCCCUUCUCCCCUACAUGGGCCAGCCCCUUCCCCACCUGUACCCUUCCUAGUAAAGCUAAACGAAAAUAGCAGGGGAGAGAGGGGAGUAUUUCCCAGACCAUAGCUCUCUGGCCUGGGGAAGGGGCCACCCAGAUUUCUUCUGGAUCUGUGGCAUCUAUCACAUCCUAAAGUCCAAACAAGAGGCUCUCGUCAACCAGUCCCUUCUUCCCUCCAGGAGAGUGCCAAAGGCCUAUAUGGGAGGGGGCCAUUUAAUGUUACUACUCCACACCAGGACCCCCUCCCUCAACCAGAGAUGCUCCAGUCCCCUAAAGCACACCUCAUGGUGUGUGUGAAGGGGAUGGGACCAUGCCUGCCACCAGAGGGAUUCCUACAGACGGCCCCUCUCGUCCACCUCCCCCCUAGCCGGGGUAGGUGCCAAGGGGUUAGACUGGCUCUGGGUUACUUUCCUUCAUGGAGCUUCUUCCCCCAAGUCCUUCUGACAAGCCAUCACCAUUUAGUAUCCUGACCCCUCCCCUCCUACCCCGCCUUGCCCAGCACACUGCUGGCUGGCAGGGGGGCAACCAGGACCCUCCCACAUCCUACAAAUUUUAUUCUCUAUGAUAUCUCUUUCCCCUGCCCACCCCUGUGCCCCUCAGUAUCAGCUAAUAAAAUGUGGAUUCCCUCCUUUGUAUUACGCAUAAAGAGAAUCAUUCUAGUCUAGGAGCAGGGCUGCGUUUUGGUCUCCAAUCCCUCCCACACCUUGAAAAUGUAUACUGUAUUAUAAAGAAGAUAUUUUGCAGGAAAUUAAUGUAAAACGCUUUCCGUAUUAGUGACGACAUCGGCACGAUAGGUCACGCUAGAUCGUUUUAUUAUUAUUAUUAUUUGUUCUGCAACUUUUUCUCUGUUUCUGUCAGGCCCCUCUGGAUUAGACAAGCUUGGCCUUCUCCCUCUUCCCUUUCCCAGUGGGCAGUGGGGCGGGGAUAGGGGGGCGUGGCUCAUAGCUGCCAUCUGCCUUCCUUCCAAAGUCUCAUGUUUUGCUGGAAAGUGUAUCAGCCCUCUCACUGUCCCCGGCCUCUGGUGGUUAACUUGACACUGUGCCCCUGGAGGCAGAGUUGGCCAGGGGCGGUAAUUCACCCCAAGGGAGGCUGGGGCAGAAGGCUAGACUUGGUGUGUGCGUCUUAUGUGUAUUUUUUUUUGUUUUUUGUUUUUUGUUUUUUUUGUCUGGAGGGGUUUAUUCUAAAGUCAAAUCAUGUUCGGUUUCAGUGCCAAUAAAAUUGAAACUACCCCCA